CGUAUAAGAGCAGUACUUGUUCAUGAGCUCUAAACAGAAGCAAGAAGGAGCUCUCACCUGCAGUCCGUCGUCCUUAACCUCUGCACCAUCUUCCUGGCUAAGAUGCUGACUGUGACUUUAGUUCUUUGUGCAACGGUGGCACUGGCUUCAGCUGACGAUGCAGCUGCCAACCAUACCGAUACUCAAGCGUUACGGUGUCUUCCCAACUGGCAAAAACACAACAACCGGUGUUUCUACUUUGAAUCCUCCACCAAGAACUGGGUUAAUGCUGAGAAACAAUGCCAGACCAUGGGUGGGAACCUCGCAUCGAUACACCAAGAUGACGAGCAUAAAUUCCUUCAGUCCUUGACUCAGGUGGAAGUUUGGAUUGGAGGCUCAGAUUGCCAAACGGCUGGAAACUGGUUUUGGAUCGAUGGUACAAUCAUGUCCGGAACUUUCUGGUGUCCACAAAAACCGGACAACAAGCAAGAAGAGUGCUGUCUGCAGGCCAACACUAAAAUCGGCAAAUGCUGGGAUGAUGUCGCCUGUGACACACUACUGCCUUUUGUGUGCGUAAAGCCACUUUAGACUGCAGGCUGACCUGGACCCAUACAAGCAGAAGACUAUGGAUGGAUAUAUAUCUGGAGAACAUAACGCAGACAUCCUUUAAACAGACGUGGUCAAAAGUUGACAUACACUAGUAAAGUAUUGUGGCCAAACAGCUCCAUUUUUGUUUCAUCCGACAUAUGGACAAAGAUCAGACCUUCUGGAGGAAAGUUCUGUGGUCAGAUGAAACAAAAACGGAGCUGUUUGGCCACAAUACCCAGCAAUUCCAUUUGGAGGAGAACAGGUGAGGCCUUUAAUCCCAGGAACACCAUUCAUACCGUCAAGCAUUGUAGUGGUAGUAUUAUGCUAUGGGUCUGUUUUGCUGCCAAUGUAACUGGUGUUUUACAGACUGUAAAUGGGAGGAUUACCUCCAAAUUCUUCAAGACAACCUAAAAUCAUCAGCCCGGAAUUAGGUCUUGGGCGCAGUUCCAAAAAGGACAAAGACCCCAAACACAUGUCUAAAAAGUGAUAAAGGAAUGGCUAAAUCAGGCUAGAAUUAAGGUUUUAGUAUGGCCUUCCCUAAAGUCCUGACUUAAAAUGUGUGGACAAUGCUGAAGAAACAAGUCCAUGUCAGAAAACCAACACAUUUAGCUGAACUGCACCAAUUUAGUCAAGAGGAGUGGUCAAAAAUUCAAGCAGAAGCUUGUGGAUGGCUACCAAAAGCGCCUUAUUGCAGUGAAACUUGCCAAAUAUUAACAUUGCUGCAUGUAUAUUUUGGACCCAGCCGAUUUGCUCACAUUUCCAUAAUAAAUUCAUUAAAGAACCAAACUUCAUGAAUGUUUUUUUGUGACCAACAAGUAUGUGCUCCUACCACACUAUCACAAAAAAAAAAUAAGAGUUGUAGAAAUGAUCGGAAACUCAAAACAGCCAUGACAUUAUGUUCUUUACAAGUGUAUGUAAACUUUUGACGACGACUGUAUAUUCACUGUUACAUGUGGCCCUCUGAGGACAGCCAUAAUUCUGAUGUGGCCCUCAAUAAAAAAUGACUUUGA